AUGGAUGCAGUGAGGGAGGACAUGCAGAUAGUUGGAGUCAGAUGUGGUGAACCUCGCCCCAUCCUUGCUUGUGAAUGACUGAGCAUUUCAGGGAAUUUUUUCGAAAUGUAUUCUUCCUUUAGCGGGCAGCACGCUCAUAUACGUUUCUUCUUCUCACUACCAUCCUUACCACUGACUUUCUUAGGAACUGAGAAGAUGAUUUCACUAGGGAUGACCAUUCAAGACGAUUCUAAACUCGGGCCUUGUAAACAGUUAACACCUUUGCAGUCAGAUGGCUUCCUCAAUUUUCGACACUGAACCUUUAUGUUGUAAACCCUCCACUCUGUGGACCAAUAUGAAUAUUAAGUCUUUAUAUUUUUUUUUUAACAGUUCAAAAUGCCUAUCUUUUUAGUACACACUCCAACAGUCCCAGCACACAGAGAGACCUUAUUCAGACCUAACAAAUGCCACAAAGUGAAAGAAAAAGAAAACACAUUUUUGGCCUCGACUUCUGAGGUUGCUUUAAAAAGUUCAGACUUGGAGCUGACUCAUGUUUACCAGAAGUACAGCUGCUGCACUUCCUGCCCCUGAAUCCACAUGGAUUUCACAACCCGGGGAGCGAAUCAACGUUCAGCGUUACAAUCACUGACUUCUGAGGAAUUGCUUGAGAAAGUAACCUGACACUGCAGAGAGAGAGAGAGAGAGAGAGAGAGAGAGUAAAACUGAAGCUGCAACCACUGCUCCAUCAUGUUAAUCAUCAGGCACCAGACAGGGUCACACAACAGUUGUCUGUGUUUCACUGGAUUAUUUCUUUCUCUUUUGUUCCCACAGCACCUGAGCCACAAGAGCCACGGAGCGGCAGCCGGACCAUCAUGAUCUCAUGGGUUUUGCUGGUCUCGUUGAUCUGUGUCAGUGGACAGGUUUCCAGCGGCCCCGGAGACGCUGUCUUGCCAUGUGGACCCCAGAAUCUGGUUCUGACCAGCUUUGGCCAGGUGAUGAUGUCAUCCUGGGAGGACACCAAUGUUUGCUUUGCUGUAACGGAGACGAUCAUCUACGAGCUGAAGGUUUUCAUCGCUAACAGACUGGUUCACCAAGACGAGUUGAUCGUGGCUCGUGACCAGAUUGGAUCCACUCACUACUGGAACUGGACGUCACCCUGGAUCUUUGACUGCGUCUCCCAUUCACUCAGACUCAGCUCCAGAUACAAGAACCACAAAGGUUCACAGCAUUUGGAGCAAACUCUCCCAGGGAAAGAAAGCUCCAGGAGGCCGCAGGUUUAUCCAAGAGAUCGAGUGUUUCAGGCCAACAGCAUCGGCAACUUCUGCUGCGUUUUACCUCCGGGUCACACUUUUGACAGCUUAUCUGUGGGCGGCUACACAGGCACAAACAAUGACACCGUCAGCAUAGAUAACCGGACGUUUUUUUCAAGCAUUCGUCUGACCCGUCCUACAGUAGUCGGCGUCAACAUUAUCUGUCGGGCCACGAACCAGCAGGGCGCCGUGGUACAAAACGGAGCCAGUGCUUUUAUUGGAUAUCCACCUGGGGACAAGGAUCUUCAGUGCGAAACCAGAGAUCUGCAAUCGGUCGAGUGUCACUGGAACGCAGGAAGAGACACACACCUAAGACAAAAGACAAAGUAUAAGCUCCUUGGAAGUGAGUGCAAAGCCACAGCAGCGUCCCAGAGCAGAAAGUGUUCACAAAAAGAUGACAUAAGUGUCGGGGAGAAAAACUGGACGUUAACGGCUCAGAACGACCUGGGGACGGUGGACUUGUUUGACCAAGUGGACCUGAGACAGAGAGUGCACCUGUUUGCACCAGAGGAAGUGAGAUUGUUAACCAUAAAUUCCAGGAACGUUAGCUUGACAUGGAGCUGGCCGGUGGAACACUACAAUGACCUUAACAUAACGUGUCAAGUCAACAUCAGCGACGGUGGAACGAGUUUCCUGAUGGAAACUUCUGACAUCGGUGUAAAUUCUGCGGCCGUGACAGAGCUGGUACCGAACUGGACGUACAAUGUCAUGGUGCGAUGUGGAACAACGGAACAUUUCUGGAAGUGGAGUCCCUGGAGUUCAGCGAUUACAUUUCACACCGAGACAGAUGUUCCAGAUGCUUUGGAUGUUUGGAUGCAGAUGAGAGAAAACAAAGUUAUUGUUCACUGGAAAAAACCCCUGGACCACCAGAGUCACGGACUCAUCUUGAAUUACACAGUGACUUGGAGAGCGAUGACUGAGGCGGCUGAAGAAAAUGUGAUCACGGUGCCUGACACUGAAGACAGAGUGGUUCUCAGUGUGGACACCGCCCACCAGUAUCUCAUCACUGCUAAAGCAAGGAAUGCAAACGGCAGCUCAUCACCCUCCAUCAUCACCACCCCCGCUGUUCACACAGAUCAGACCAGGCUCAAAACAUCCCGCAUCACUGGCGUCAACGGCGGCUUUCACCUCUCCUGGUCCGUCAGUCCUGUGGCCAGCUGUGGCUACAUCCUGGACUGGUGUCCAACCUUGGGUGAUGGACCUUUCGAGUGGCUCAAAGUUACUCCACAAGAAACGGAGGCUCGAAUCAUUUCGGGAUACCUCCGCGACGGACUGAGAUACUCUUUGUCCAUAUCUGCCUGCACACCUGCAGCGCCGGUACUGCUGGAGAGACGGGAGGGUUACGUUCGUGAGGAAAAACUUCCUGACAACCUUUUUGCACACCAUAAAUGGAAACAGCAGGAUAUGAGCGUCGUUGUUUCCUGGGAUCCGGUUCGUCUGACAGAGCAGAGCGCUUUCAUCAACGGCUACGUUCUCUAUUGGUCCAACCAAGACAGCAACGUGGUCUACAACGUGAGCACAGAUCAUCCUGAAGCCACGAGCCUGACUGCGAGCGACCUGAAAAUCGGCUCUUACCAGUUUACAGUAAAGGCUCAGACGGCGGUGGGAGAGUCCGGUUCCACGUCCUUCACUGUGUCCUUAAACUCACCAACUGACGCCUUGGUCAAGAUGACCACCAUCUGCUUGGUCUCCAUCUUCAUCGCUCUUCUUCUAAUCACCCUGAUCUGCUGCAGACACGGUGCCCGAAUCAAGAACAAGGUCUGUCCUCCAAUCCCAAAGCCAGUGGUUACGGACAAGUGGCUGACGUCCCAGGAUGAGAAGUUGUCACAUCCUCAUAUUCUGGACCACGGUGAAGUGGACAAGGUGGACGUUCCUCAGCUGCUCUGUAAAUCAGCAGUGUGUCCCGAGGCUCAUGUCAGUGACGAAUACCAACCCUUUAUAUUUGCACCGGCUCCUAAAGGUCACCUCAACCAAGUGCUGAAAACCCAUAGUCCACCCAGCAGUGCAGUACCAGCGGUGUCCACUUCACCGCCCUCAUCCUUUAGAGCUGUAUUCCAAAACCCAUCAUAUAAUCUGCCUAUAAUAACAGAUUAUACUGCUGCUUGUUCAGACUCAUCGCCCCAGCCUCUGAGGGAGACGUGUUUAGAGAGUGACACUAAUGGAUACCUGCCUCAGAAGGAGGCCCUCGCUGUGGCUCCCAUCGACGGGACUAGAAACGAACCCAUGACCUGCGUCCUUUCCUAUGUUCUAAUUCCACCAGCCCAGGUGGUUCAUGGUGGAAGCAGUCCAGAAAGUUACUCUAACAUUGUGUGCUGAUUCCAUUCUUGCGGCCUCACUGUGGGACCCAAACCAGUGUUUGGGUAAAGCCCAAACUGGCCUAGAACAUAUUGGAUGCAGUGCAAAGUUUAAUUAGUACUAGUUUUAGUAUAGGAUUAGUGAGGAACCUAAAGGCACCUCCACUUCUUCUGAUAGCUUUGGAUAAAAGUGCUAAAAUGUGUGAAUAUAGUGUAAAAGACCCUCCUCCCCCUCGCCCUCCGGAUGGAUGACUUAUACCAGAGCUGUCAACUGAGAGACUUUAACCUAACUUUCACUACAGUUCCUGUAAAAAGUGAAAUUGUGACCUAACAAUGCACUUGCACAAGGUCAGUGGUUGUGAAAUGUGACGGACAGGAAGCCCAGCUGCUUUUUUUCUGCUCGUUCUGAGUCACUGCGGUUUGACCAGAAGAAAUGAAAUAUAGUACGUCUUUGGUUAAAAAAAAAAAAAAAACUUAGAAAGUACAGUAAAGGCCGCAGAAAACACAGUGACAGGGUGUGGGAUUGACAGCUGGACUGUCAAUCAGGGAAUGAGAACUACUUUGUUUUUACUGAAAAACAUAAAGCUAGUGGUUUAAGAAAUUAACUUCUUUUCAAAUUAGCUUUUUUUUUUACAUUUCAUUUUCAUUUCUGAUUGGGUCCACAGUGUUUUGUUUUUACUUUCACAUUGCUAUCUUAUUUUAUUACAAAAAUAUAACAAUUUUUUUUCCCGAUAUUUGGAUAAAAAUAAUAUACAGUAUUUAAGUUUAAGUUUUAACAAUUCCUGAACCUGAUAGUUCAUUGUACUACCUCAGUUUACCACUAGAGGGAGCCUGCACAUAAUUUGUAUGGCAGUUUGGAGCCCGCGUUUCAGCAUGAGCAGUUUCGACUAACCAAACGAGAUUUAAAUCAAAUUUGUUCCGCUGACUCAUUUUGAAAAUGGGAAAUUAACGCACAAAAAAAAACUUUACACAUUUUAACAACCAAGACAAUUAUUGAAACUGUGUUUUAUGUUGUCUUUUUUUACUAAAAGGAUUUUCUCUUUGGCCCUUCCUCCUAAAACCUGAAAGAGAAAAACACUCUGAGGUUUGAUGGUGAUGUCGGAGAACAGAUAAUAGUCGUGGUUUUUGUGUUCGUUGCGACGUUUGUGUUUAUACCUCGGACACACACUCUGAAGAGCUGCGAUGAUGUCACGGCAGACGCUAACUCUCAAACAUCCACAUCUUUUUUUCCAUUACAUCCAGUAAACCCUUUCUGACCCUGCAGGGAAGUUAGUUUCACUGAGGAGUUUCCAGAAUGAGGAACUGGGAGUUAUUUUACAAGCUGACGCACACACACACACACACACACACUCUGUACUUAACACACACUAAUCUUGAUCCUCACUCUAAUGUAACCAUAUAUCUAAUCCUAAUUCAAAUCUAAAUCUUGAAAAUACACUUCCAAGUGUCCAGAUUGUCUCUGCAACAAUAGUACUUUAAAAAAAAAAAAAA